CGACCUAUCACCGAUUAAGAAAUUUUAAUUUUCACAAGCUAAUAAUAUCAAACUUUCAAAGGUUUCUCUAUUAUAGAGUGCCUCUCUCUCUCUCUCUAUAUAUAUAUAUUAUCAUCAGUAAAUAUAUACAUUCAUAUACACAGACAAAGAGAAAGAAAGAGAGAGCAUAUAUUAUAUAUACAUCUAAUUAUAGACCAUCUAUUAUCAAUUCAUUAUCAAGUGAUAUAAUUAGUUGCCCUAAAACUCAGCACAAGCUCAUAUAUAAGUCAUUGGUAUAUAUAUAAAUAUUAAAAUGAAGAAAACAUAUUUGGCUGUAAUUCUGAUACAAGCCAUCUAUGCUGGGAUGAACUUGCUCUCCAAGGCGGCUUUCGAUGGAGGCAUGAACAACUUCAUCUUCGUUUUCUACAGGCAAGCAGCAGCCACUGCUUGCUUAGUCCCCGUUGCUCUCCUCCUCGAAUGGAAAACUGCACCGCCGCUACCUUUCCGUACCUUCUGCAAGAUUUUCCUUCUUUCAUUAUUUGGGAUAACGUUAAGCUUGGAUAUAUAUGGCAUUGCUCUUAUUUAUACCUCUGCUACUCUGGCUGCUGCAACCACUAAUUGCCUCCCUGUUAUCACUUUCUUCUUGGCACUUCUACUCAGGAUGGAAACUUUGAAGUUGAGAACCAAACCAGGAAUGGCAAAGCUUCUAGGCAUAAUAGUGUGCAUAAGUGGGGUGUCUUGCCUGGCUUUCUAUAAGGGCCCUUCUUUCAAUCACUUUUUGCAUCUUCAACUUUUUGGUGUCCACCAUAACUCCCAACAUCGUGAUCAGUACCAUUCAUCUGGAAAUUCUUGGAUCAGAGGAGUUUUCCUCAUGCUCCUUUCAAAUUUCUUCUGGGGCAUAUUUCUUGUUUUCCAGGUGCAAUUGAUGAAGAGCUACCCUUCUAAGCUUCUUUUAACAGCUCUUCAGUGCUUUCUGAGCACUGUUCAAUCGUUUGCCAUAGCCAUUGCAUUGGAAAGAAACCCAUCCCAGUGGGAGCUUGGUUGGAAUGUCAGACUCCUUGCCGUGGCUUAUUGUGGAAUUGUUGUGACUGCUGUGACAUAUUACUUACAAUCGUGGGUUAUUGAGAAGAAGGGACCUGUUUUCCUAGCCAUGUCAACUCCCUUAGCUUUAAUUAUUACAAUCUUUUGUUCUGCUAUUUUCUUGGGCCAGGCCAUCACCUUAGGAAGCAUUUUAGGUGGAGCUUUUUUGAUCGUAGGUCUUUACAGCGUUUUGUGGGGAAAAAGCAUAGAGCAAAAGACCAAUAGUGUUGUUGAGAACUGCCAGCAAGCUGAUAAAAAAGAAGGUUCAGAAUUGAAAGAAAUAGUGUUACAAUAAGCUUUGCCUAGUGUUUAGCAUAUAUAGAUACAUAAUGUAUUUAUUUUGAAGGAAUAUAAUUUCUUGUGGAAAAAUAACAAAUAUAUAUAUAGAUAAAUAAAGCUGAGUUGUGGUAAAAAAAUUGUAUGUAACUACCUUUCUACUAUUUAAAAACUACCUUUAUAGUAUUUAUAUGUGUAAGUAAAUUUUUUGAUGGUAACAUUUAUAAUAUUAGUUUCUUUUUUCUUCUUUUUUUUGC